CGCUGCCUUUUAAAGCAAACGGGCGCGCACUUCCAACCGUCAUUCAGUCUGAAUACUAGACACAGGGAAGGAGUACUGCUGUGUCGUCCAACCAUCCCCCUCUUUCUUUCCCUGUUAUUAAUAGAUACCAAACUAGCUACCCCCUUUAUCUGUUGUUAUUUUUUAUUUGUAUUUUAACGUUAAACGGUUAGUCAACUAGCUCGAUCAUGUAUCGGUACUUCGGGGAGUUGUUAUCCCGCGGGGCGGGCAGUGCGCUGGCCUCGGGGUGCGUGGACUCUGCUCUCCCAGCAUCGGCCUCUCUAAUGCGGGUCCGACAGUAUAGCGAGCAGCCCGACGACCCCAACUUCUUUCGCAUGGUGGAGGGUUUCUUCGACCGCGGAGCCGCCAUCGUUGAGGACAAGCUUGUGGAGGACCUAAAGAGCAGAGAGACCCCUGAACAGAAGACGAAACGAGUGAAGGGGAUUCUCCGCAUUAUCAAACCCUGCAACCACGUCCUCAGCGUCUCUUUCCCCAUCAAGAGGGACAACGGAGAGUGGGAGGUAGUGGAGGGCUACCGCGCACAGCACAGCCAGCACAGGACGCCCUGCAAGGGGGGUAUCCGCUACAGUGAAGAGGUGUCUGUUGAUGAGGUGAAGGCUCUGGCCUCUCUGAUGACAUACAAGUGUGCCGUGGUCGAUGUACCCUUCGGAGGGGCUAAAGCUGGUGUCAAGAUCAACGUCAAAAAUUACUCUGACAAUGAGCUGGAGAAGAUCACUAGGAGGUUUACCAUUGAGCUGGCCAAGAAAGGCUUCAUCGGGCCAGGUAUUGAUGUGCCUGCUCCUGACAUGAGCACCGGAGAGAGAGAGAUGUCCUGGAUCGCUGACACAUACGCCAACACCAUUGCACACACUGACAUCAACGCUCACGCAUGUGUGACAGGGAAACCCAUCAGCCAGGGCGGUAUCCACGGUCGUAUCUCAGCCACCGGUCGCGGAGUGUUCCACGGCAUUGAGAACUUCAUCAACGAGGCUUCCUACAUGAGCAUGCUGGGCCUGACCCCCGGCUUCCAGGACAAGACAUUCAUAAUCCAGGGCUUUGGUAAUGUGGGUCUCCACUCCAUGCGGUACCUCCACAGGUACGGUGCUAAGUGUGUGGGCAUCGCUGAGUAUGACGGCAGCAUCUACAACCCAGAGGGCAUUGACCCCAAGCAGCUGGAGGACUACAAACUGCAACAUGGUACGAUCGUAGGUUUCCCCGGGGCUCAGCCAUACGAGGGCAGCCUCCUGGAAGCGCAGUGUCACAUCCUGAUUCCUGCCGCCAGCGAGAAGCAGCUCACACGCAACAACGCCCACAGAAUCAAGGCCAAGAUCAUUGCUGAGGGAGCCAACGGCCCAACCACACCCGACGCUGACAAGAUCUUCCUAGAGAACAAAGUCAUGGUCAUCCCUGACAUGUACCUGAAUGCCGGUGGUGUGACAGUGUCCUACUUUGAGUGGCUCAAGAACCUGAACCAUGUCAGCUAUGGACGUCUCACCUUCAAAUACGAGAGAGACUCCAACUACCAUCUCCUCAUGUCCGUUCAGGAGAGUUUGGAGAGGAAGUUUGGAAAGCAGGGAGGACCAAUCCCCAUUGUCCCCACCGCUGACUUCCAGGCCAGAGUCGCUGGAGCUUCUGAGAAGGACAUUGUUCACUCUGGCCUGGCCUACACCAUGGAGAGAUCUGCCAGGCAAAUCAUGCGUACGGCCAGUAAGUACAACCUGGGUCUGGACCUGCGGACGGCUGCGUACGUCAACGCCAUCGAGAAGGUGUUCAAGGUCUACAACGAGGCCGGCAUCACCGUCACAUAAUCACCCUAUCUAAGUCAGACCCCACCCAUACUGCCCUGCUAUUGGUUCUACCGCUUCCCCGUCGCCCAAUCAGCCUUUUGAACAUUUACAUUAGAGAUCCCCGCCUCCCCUUCGUACGCACGCACACAGACAUACAUGCAUACACACACACUGAAACAUACUGUGUUCUGUGUCCCAUGACCUCGCCGUAUCUCAUUAUCAUGACAGUAACUCAGUAUUUCUGUAUCGUUUUGUUUCAGUAUUGUCGUUCAGUAAUUUGUGUAUUGUGAAAGGAGCAGGUUGUAGCAGGAAGCAAGCUAUGCUGAGAGAGCUUCAAGACAACCCUAUCGGAGUUCAACAUCUGUCUUUUUGUCUUGUUUGACCCUGGUGUUGCCAUGGUUUCAGACCACAGCACUGGAAAUGCCUUAGCUCUGACGGAGCUCUGACCUGAAGAGAUGCACAUACACCCCUAUACUGUACUUUAUAAAAGGAAAUCGAUUUAAUGUUAACUUUAGUCUUAUACUUUUUUUUUAAGGGAAAUAGUUUAAAACUUUAUAACAGGGAAAGAUGACAUCAUAUGUGUUUCUCAGUUUUCCUCCCAGAGGUUAGAGGUCAGGGCCCGUAUCCACAAAGCAUCUCAGAAAAGGUCCUAGGAAUCCUGUUAUAACCUGUUUUAAGACACAAAAAAAAAUCAGAAUAAGUUUAAGACACUGAUCAGAUGGGCCUCCCGAGUGGCGCAGAGGUCUAAGGCACAGCUUGAGGCGUCACUACAAAGCUGGGUUCGAUCCCAGGCUGUGUCACAACUGGCCAUGACCGGGAGUCCCAUAGGGCGGCGCACAAUUGGACCAGCGUCAUCCGGGUUAGUGGAGGGCUUGUCCGGGGGGGCUUUGAUUGCGCUCGCGCUCUAGCGACUCCUUGUUGCGGGCUGGGUGCUUGCAGUGAACAGUGUUUGAACAGUUUCUGCCGACACAGUGGUGCAGCUGGCUUCUGGGUUAAGCGGGUGGGUGUUAAGAGUGCGGUUUGGCAGGUUUAUGUUUCGGCCUUCAUGUUUCAGACUCGACCUUCACCUCUCCUGAGUCCAUUGGGGAGUUUCAGCGAGGAGACAAGAUCGAAAUUGGGGAGAAAAAGGGGGUACAAUACAAACUAACAAAAAGGCACUGCUCAGACAAACUCUGAGCCAGGAGUAAAAUCAACUACUAAAACUUUUAUCACGACGUUUUGAGGUUCUGCAAAGGAAAGAUAGUGAUGACGCUCAUUGCCGUUGUUGUAAAUGAUGGGGGAAUAACCAAUCACGAUGAGGUAUUGGCAGCUGUGAACUCUAUAGAGCACACACGUACAUCAAAUGUUGUCAUGGUAAAACGUUUGAUAUCAUUUUCAUCCUGACACAAUCACUUUGCUUAUUUUUAAUGAUUGCCCAAUAUGUUGGCAUGCAUAAAAUAAAUACUGUAAUCAAAUUUUUAUGGUUGUCAAAAGCUUUAUUUUGACAAUAUUACCGUUAUAGCAACACACACAUUGUCACUCCUAUUUAACAACUCUAAAUCGCUUUGGCACAGUAGGCAUCAAGUCACUUGCCCAUAAUGUUUGAAAGGUCUGUCAUUUUCAUUGAACACAAUCAAAGGUUGCAUAAGCACUAGAUGCCUACAGUUGCACAAUUUAUAGGGUUGCCCAAUUUAGACAUAUUUUUUAACUAUGUGAGUGUGCGUUCCAAAUGGAUAACUUGAAAUAACUUGAUGUAGGUCAUUAAAUAAUCAAAGGAAAAUGGGUUUAUUCAUUAGCGUAGUGGUUAUAAAUAUUUAGGCAUAUGAUGUGAAAUCAUUGUCAAAAGGGCAAGAGAUACUGUUGAUUGUAGGUCUAGAUUAUUUAGGAAUUGAUGAAAUAUCAAAAUGUUCUUUUAAAAACUCAAAAGCUAUUGCAAAUGACACAGGAACCACUGACUGGCUGCAUUUGUCUGUUAUCAAGACACCUGCUGGUAACUCUUAACUGGUUAGGACGCUUUGUUGAUACGGGCCCCGGGCUCAGGGUUAGAGGUCAGGGGUUAUGGUUAGCGUUCUGAGCUGAGGAACACUGGGUUCUACUGUGUUUGGUUGUUAGUAAAGUUCUACACCCUUCUCCACUACAUCAGUCCCACCACGAGCCCCCCAACCUUCCCUGCCUACUGCUCCUGUCUUGUCCAAUCUGACCCUCCUCCAAACCCCCCACCCCACCCUGAGCGAGAGUAGAGAUACUCAAUGGAACAAACGUUCUCCUUUUACUUCUCCAAUAACCCGUUCAUGCCCGCAAAUGGAAAUUGCUUUGGGAAAUGUAUUUCCUUUUUUGUUGUUGAAAACCAAUAAAAUGAUGACAAAAACACAA